AUGUCUGCAGAGUCUCUUGGUGCGGGCGACGCAGCCCCCACCAUGGCCACGACAACCGUCAAAGUAGACGGCAUGACCUGCGGAUCCUGUACAGCAGCCGUCGCGGGCGCGUUUGAAGGUGUCAGGGGAGCGAGUGAGGUCUCGGUGAGCUUGAUGAUGGGUCGGGCGGCAGUACAACAUGAUCCGACAAUACUGUCGCCGUCAAAGGUUGCAGAGAUGAUUGAAGACUGCGGUUUCGAUGCGGCCGUAUUGUCGACCGACAAACACACGAAGGGCGCCCCCUCCAAUGGCUUCGAUACGCCAACAACAAACUCUUCGGUAACAACACUUGCGAUUGAAGGCAUGACUUGCGGUGCAUGUACCUCUGCGGUGGAGGGUGGGCUGAAUGGAGUGACUGGAAUUGAGUCUGUCAAUGUGUCGCUGCUGUCCGAACGUGCUGUGGUGGAACAUGAGGCGAAUGUUAUAUCGGCGGAGCAGAUUGCUGAACUCAUUGAGGAUCGUGGUUUUGGAGCUCGGGUAUUGGGAACUAAGGCCUCCACAAGCGACGGUGAUGGAUCUACGCUGGCUGAUAUGGUCCAAGACAGGAGAGGACACAUGGUUACGACUGUUGCGAUUGAAGGAAUGACCUGUGGUGCUUGUACAUCAAGUGUUGAAAAUGCCUUUACCAAUUUGGAUGGUCUGGUUCAGUUCAACAUUAGUCUGCUGGCUGAACGCGCAGUGAUCGUACACGAUUCGUCGAUCCUCACUUCUAAAGCUAUUACCACAAUGAUUGAGGAUGCUGGGUUCGAUGCGUUGAUCGUAUCGUCCGAAGCGCAGGAACCGCUUUCCAGAAAAACUCAACAAAUCCAUCUUAGUCUUCAUGGCCUACGUGAUGCCGCAUCCGCUUCUGCUCUCGAAGAAAAUCUAUUAUCACGCCCCGGAAUCAAGUUUGCAUCUAUAAACCUAGCGACAAAUCAACUUACCCUUGCCUUCGACACAUCCAUCAUUGGUAUUCGAUCUGUGUUCGAAGUGAUUGAGACUGCUGGAUAUAAUGCCCUGAUGACAGACUCGGAUGACACCAAUGCACAGCUUGAAUCCUUAUCCAAAACUAAAGAGAUCCAGGAGUGGCGACGUGCCUUCAUUAUAUCCGUCUCAUUCGCAGUCCCCGUGUUCUUUAUUAACAUGUUAUUGCCUAUGUACUUGCGUCCACUCGACAUUGGGCGCUUCCAAUUAUGCCCCGGCCUUUAUCUUGGAGACUUGAUUUGCCUCUCUCUGACCAUUCCAGUACAGUUUGGUAUCGGUCGACGUUUCUAUAUCACUAGUUUCAAAUCCCUCAGGCAUCGUUCUCCGACCAUGGAUGUCCUUGUUAUGCUUGGCACAUCUGCUGCCUUCUUUUAUAGUUGUUUCACCAUGACCAUGGCCAUUGCUAGCGAUCAUCAUAGGCGACCGAGUACUGUUUUUGAUACCAGUACUAUGCUCAUCACAUUUAUCACCCUUGGAAGAUGGCUGGAGAAUCGCGCAAAGGGACAGACAUCCGCAGCGCUAUCCCGCCUCAUGUCAUUGGCCCCAUCUAUGGCCACGAUUUACGAAGACCCCAUUGCUGCAGAGAAAGUGGCUGAUGGCUGGACCACCCAAACCUCCGAGUCUUCAUUGGCAGAAGAUUCAUCAAUAAAUCAAAAACUCAUUCCAACCGAACUCAUCCAAGUCGGUGAUAUCGUCAUCCUUCACCCGGGUGACAAGGUGUCUGCGGAUGGAAUCAUCAUUCGCGGCGAGAGCUAUGUGGAUGAAAGUAUGAUCACUGGAGAGGCUUUGCCGAUUCACAAAAAGAAAAGCAGCCACGUAAUCGCAGGUACCGUCAAUGGCACAAGCGCGAUCGAUUUUAAAGUUACCCGCGCCGGCAAGGAUACUCAAUUGAGCCAGAUUGUAAAGCUGGUCCAAGAUGCACAGACGAGCCGAGCCCCUAUACAGCGCAUGGCUGACAUUGUGGCUGGCUAUUUUGUUCCAACAAUUAUCUGCCUUGGUAUGAUUACCUUUUUUGGCUGGAUGUUUCUCAGCCAUAUUCUGUCUCACCCACCUAAGGUUUUCAUGUCUGAAGAAGCGGGCGGUAAGGUUAUGGUCUGUCUGAAGCUUUGUAUUUCUGUCAUUGUAUUUGCAUGUCCCUGUGCUUUGGGUCUUAGCACCCCGACCGCUGUGAUGGUUGGAACUGGUGUUGGCGCAGAGCAUGGAAUCUUGGUUAAAGGCGGUGCUGUUCUCGAGGGUGCUACCAGAGUCAAUCAUGUCGUGUUCGAUAAGACGGGUACGUUGACUACUGGCCGGAUGAGUGUCGCGCAGGCCAAGAUUGAACCUCAUUGGACCGCAAAUGAGUGGCGGCGCCAAUUAUGGUGGCUGAUCGUUGGUCUUGCUGAGAUGGGUAGUGAGCACCCAAUUGGUAAAGCCAUCUUCGGCGAAGCCAAGGCCGAGUCGGGUCACCAUGGAGGAGAUGGCCUUCCAGGAAGCAUCGGAGAUUUCGACGCAUGUAUAGGCAAGGGUAUUUCUGCAUUUGUUGAACCCACCUCUAGCGCUGAGCGCAUCAGGUACCAAGUUCUUCUGGGCAACAUAGAUUUCCUCCGUUCAAAAGAUAUCUCAAUACCUUCUUCGGUUAGUGCCGAGUCAUCGGACGCUGAAGCGGAAGCGCAAGCAGAGGCAGGAGGCAGCUUGGAGUCACUGGAACCCAGACCUAUGGAUACCGCGGCGGGCUACACUAGGAUAUAUGUCUCUAUUGACAAGCAAUACGCUGGUAGCAUCUCCCUUCGAGAUAGCGUCAAAUCUACUGCCGUUGCGACGGUGGCUGCUUUGCACCGCAUGGGUAUUGCAACUUCGAUGGUUACUGGUGAUACACUAUCCACAGCGACCUCUAUCGCGACAGCUGUCGGUAUUCCCACAGCUUCCGUUUAUGCCUCUGCUUCCCCAUCGGACAAGCGUGAGAUUAUCACAGAACUCCAAAUGCGAGGAGAGCGAGUCGCAAUGGUCGGCGAUGGCAUCAAUGACUCCCCCGCACUAGCAACUGCCUCUGUCGGUAUCGCUCUCGCCUCCGGCACAGAUGUAGCCAUGGAAGCAGCAGACAUCGUUCUCAUGCGCCCGGAUGACCUGCUCACUGUGCCAGCUAGUCUCUCACUAUCCCGCACUGUCUUCACGCGGAUCAAGCUGAAUCUCAUAUGGGCCUGUCUUUACAAUGUGAUCGGCCUCCCCUUCGCCAUGGGCAUAUUCCUACCCUUCACAGGCUUCAUGCUUCCUCCUAUGGCCGCCGGUGCAGCCAUGGCUGCUUCUAGCGUCUCAGUCGUUGUGAGCAGUUUACUCCUAAAGCUCUGGCGCCGUCCUUCCUGGAUGAAUAUCGAUCGUCUGGAGAAGGAAGCUGGCUUAGGUCUUCUCUCUGGCGGUCCCCGUGGCAAACACGCGCGCAGCACUAGCUGGUGGGCACCUGCCACUAUCCUUUCGUCUGAUGGUCCACGCUCACCCCGGCGUUACGUUGUCCAUUUUUUCGCUGCAUUGUGGUCUGUGAUCAUUGGUAAGCAGUCGAGUGCUCGAGGAGAUGAGGGCUACGUACCGCUUCAAAAUGUUGAGCCUGUAUGA